UAUGGCAGACUUGAUCGAAAAUAUAACAAUACAUCCUUACGAAUGAACGGUUUUUGUCUGGUUCGUCUUGUGUGGUUGCAUACGGUCGAAUUAACUAAGACUUCUUAAGAAUCCAAUUUAUAUUGAUUAUUGUCAAAUAUUAUGGGUUUUGGUGGACGGCAAGACUCCGCACCAGUAAUGGAAGUCAUUAAUGACAUCCAAAACAGCUCAAAAUCAUCAACGCCAUAUUCUGUGCCGUCGACUCCAUUAUCACUCAUUGAAAAACUWAACCAAAAGAUUGCAAACAAUGAGAAGUUUUUCUCUUUGGAGUUUUUUCCUCCAAGAACUCCCAAUGGAGCUGUGAACUUACUAGGAAAGUUUGAUCGAAUUGCACGUGGCUGUCCAUUAUUUUGCGACAUAACAUGGCAUCCAGCUGGGGAUCCAAGUGGUGACAAAGAAACAAGCUCUAUCACGAUUGCAAGCACUGCUUUAAAUUAUUGUGGUCUUGAGACAAUGUUGCAUAUGACUUGCGCAAACCAAACUAAGGAGGCUGUUACAAAGAGUUUGCACAAAGCUAAGUCGCUGGGAAUAAGGAACAURCUUGCUCUACGAGGAGACCCACCAGAUGGUGACGAGUGGAAGGCAGUUGACGAUGGCCUAGCAUAUGGCACAGAUAUGGUUAGACACAUCAGGAAAGAAUUUGGAGACAACUUUACAAUUUGUGUUGCAGGUUAUCCUGCUGGUCACCCUGAUUGUGACAGUUAUGAGGAGGACCUGGUGCAUUUGAAGGAGAAAGUCGAUGCUGGUGCUGAUUUCAUCAUUACACAGCUAUUCUUUGAUAACAAGACAUUUUUUAAGUUUUUGAAGGAUUGUCGAAGGAUUGGUAUUGACAUACCAAUAAUUCCUGGUAUUCUGCCCAUCCAGGGUUAUGCAUCUCUUCGACACUUAGUAAAGCUAUCAAGAUUAGAAGUACCACAAAGCAUUGUGGAUGCAUUACAACCAAUCAARGAUGACGAUGAAGCCAUUCGUAGACUUGGCAUUCAAAUGUCKUUGGACAUGUGCCGGGAACUUCUUGACAGUGGGCUUGUCCCAGGACUCCAUUUUUAUACCCUGAAUCGUGAGGUAGCGACACGUGAAAUUCUAUGUGCCUUGGGUCUUUGGUGCACAGACCCAGCRGCAAGUAGAGUGUUGCCAUGGAGAUCAUCAGCCAAUCAGAAGCGAGUUGGUGAGGAUGUGAGGCCUAUAUUUUGGGCAACAAGGCCUAAGAGUUACCUUUAUAGGACUUCAGAGUGGGAUGAGUACCCUAACGGCCGUUGGGGGAAUUCAUCUGCUCCAUCUUUUAGAGACCUGAGYGAUCACCAUCUUUUUUACUUGAGGAGUCGAACAAAGAAAGAUGAAAUGCUCAAAAUGUGGGGACAAAAUCUGGAAAAAAUUGAAGACGUGUUUGAGCCUUUUAGCUGCUAUAUCUCAGGGAAGGAAAACAAAAAUGGAGUGAAGGUUAAGUCACUGCCUUGGAAUGAUGAAGAACUUGCUUUGGAAACCAGUCUUAUUAAAGACAGACUAGAGCACUUGAACUCUUCGGGAAUCUUAACAAUCAACAGUCAGCCUUCUGUCAAUGCUGCUCUAUCCACUGAUCCCAUGGUGGGGUGGGGUGGGGAAGGUGGCUACAUCUACCAAAAGGCGUAUUUGGAGUUCUUUACAAGYCCAGACAUCGCUAACGUAAUGCUUGAAGUUCUCAAGAAAUACCCACAAGUCAAUUUCCACGUAGUCAACGCCGAGGGCACCGUUGAUAUAACAAACUGCAGCCAACUUACUCCGGUUGCGGUAACAUGGGGAGUUUUUCCUGGCAAAGAAAUUAUGCAACCAACGGUUGUAGACCCAAUCAGCUUUAAAUUCUGGAAGGAUGAAGCAUUCGCAUUGUGGGAGCAACAGUGGGGUCGACUGUACCAAGAAGACUCAAAGUCUCGCAAAGUUAUCGACGAAAUUGUCAGCACUUACUAUUUAGUAAACCUUGUAGACAAUGACUUUAUCAAAGGCAAUUACAUCUGGGAUGUUCUCGAGGAAGUCUUGAAAAUUGUCGCGGAAAAUUCAUSGAGUUCGUCAGUGAAUGGUGAAGCUAUGGAUGAACAAUGAAUAACAAAAGAAACAAUGCUUUCCCAGUAAGGAAAAGCAUUAAAUUUGAAUUAUUGCAGUUAUUGUUAUUGAGUCCAUGGAUUCAAUUUGAGACMUGUAGUGAAACGAUUCACUAUUGUAAAAUUCUUGAAGUGGCCAGCAAUUCUCUUAGAAAUGAGUUCGAGCUGGUGUCAAAAUGGUCCUUUUUGCWAAGUGUACAAGGUAUUGAUGUUCAAGACGGCGAAUGUUUUCAUAAAAACAGCGCUACAACACCAAAUUUCARUGUGAAAACCGUUUAACAGGAUGAUUUAGAUAACAUUGUUGACUACUUAAGCGUAGAACAAAAUACUCAAUGACAGAGCAAGGCAUAUAAAUUUAUUAUGUUUACAAAAACAGACACAAUAACAUGAAUUUUUAGUCUGUUGUUUCGUCAAUCCCAUAGUGCACCUCGCCGAACGUCACGUGAUGUCGUAGGGGRAAAGGCCAUUAACUCAGUUGUUAUAGUGACAUGCAAUGCCUUGAUUUUCAAGACAAUGAAUGAUAGAUAAAGAUACUGAACAUCUAAAAUUACAUAGCAAUGAMACAUCAUUCGAACUAUUUAAGUUUUUGUAUAUGUCGGGUACAAGUAGUCUUACCAACGUUCUGCCGUCGAGAAGACAUCAAAACAACAACAAAGUCAUCGGCAUAAAACUGUUCAAGGAUUUUCAAACUCACGAGAAAUAGCAAAUUAAAGRUUAUCUUCAUUGUAAUGAAAGUUUUCCUGGAAAAAAGUGAAAGAGGGACAUAUGCAAAUGACUUUGUUGUUGUUUUCAUGUCUUCGCAACUGAGCGGGGAUAAUGGCAUUCUACUUUCUAGAAUAAGAAAGUUAAUAUCGAGACAURGUAAAAAUAUAUUGAUUUUUCAUUUAACGAAAUGUUACAAUCAACGAAACUUGUUAUCAGCUAAAAUUGUUAUCAGACAAUUAUUAUAUCGAAAAAUGUCAGCAUGCAUUUUAGCAAUCUUGACUUUUAUUUUCAAGCCAAAUUUUGCAAUGCUCACAUUGAUGUAUUUAUCAGAUAAGUUUUUUGCAAAGAAAAAAAAAUUGUGCGAAUAUUCUUGAAUAAUGCUUCAGGAUUUGAAAUAGCAUUACGCAUUGCAUUGUGGUCUAGAUUCAGUGCAAACAUCUUUUGUUCAUGUGGCCAAAUAUGGUGUUGUUUGUACGGUAGCUAGACCACAAUGCACCGUGAUUUUGURUUUCAGAAAUGGCAUUUGAACACUCGUCGCAUCUUGUGAAAUUUUCCAUUUUAUUUUUCACGAGGAAAGGCCUAUGAUCAUUUUCAAGUGGAGACUCUUCAACUGAAAAUAAAAUAAUAUAAUACACAUAUCAAUUUCAUACCGCUUAUUUAGAAGGUAUACUAGUAUUAUUGUAAUUCAAUGAAUUAGUUAAGGCCCGUUUACACUUGCGAUUUUUGCAGCGCGAUUCUCGCGGCGAUCGUCGCGCAACAAUCGCCUGCAAGUUUCGAACAUGCUUGAAAUUGGCUGGAAGUCCGCGGCGAUUUUCCAUCGUCGCAACAAUCGCAGGGCUGUUUACACGUACGAUUUUMGUUGCGCGAAUAGCAAAGUGGCGAUUAUCGCGCUGCAAAAAAUCCCAAGUGUAAACGGGCCUAAUCGCAAGUGUAAACGGGCCUUUUGAAAUAUCGCGCAGAGACUCGCAGUUUGUCUCCAUUUAUCAUGUUAAUUGGCUUCUAUCCAUACGAAGAAAUCUGCGAUAAAAACGCUCUUGCAAGUAAGCAUAUUUUUCAGCCUGUGAAAGGUCAACAACGUCGAAUUUAGCUUGUGCCUAAUGCAGAGCAAAUGACUAGUCUUUUCUUUCUUCACUAUCACAUUUUCCAUAAUUUUUAAUUAUUGCCCUUGUAAACCUCACCGUAAUUAUCGAUGAAAUGACAUAUGAGAAUAUUUCAUUAUUGCCAGGGGAAAACAUAUAAUUAUGUGAAUAAUAUUUAUUAAAACGUGUUAUUGUUCA